AGAAGCCUCUGGGUUUUCAUUUUUUUGCGCUGCAGAGUGAUAAGGACAAGGAGGCAGAGAGUGGUGAGGAGGGAAGGAGCACGAGAAAGAGAAGGCGAUGAGGAUGUAGCAAAGGAGAUGAAGUGUAAGACAGAGGCUGAUCAGGCAGAAAAUGUUGUCAUCGUCUCAUGAAUAGAAAGACAGGAUGAUCGCACUGAUAUUCAACACCAUCUCUGGACCCAGACAGAGAUGGGAGGAACGAGGCAGGGAGAGAUAGAGGCAGAAGGAGGAGGGGAGAGAGAGACUGCUAUCACAGGAGAGGGAGGGGAGUAAUAGCAAGGUGAAGGGAGGGAGCGGGAGAGAGCAGGAGGACUAACGACACUGAAAGCUCUGGUAGGGGCGCCAGAGGCAAGGAGAGAGUAAUCGAGAGAGGGGAGUGGAAAAGAGGAGAGCAGCACAACAGCCUGAAUAGAGUGGUGUGCUGAAUAACUGUGCAAGAACAAGAAGGACAAAGGGAAGACAUCAGACAGGGAAGGAGAAAAACAUCAAGAAGAAGACUAAACUGGAAUGCGAAUGAGAUGCUAACUGAAGGUAAAGGGAAGAUCUGGAAGACAAUGGGGUCCAAUAGUUGAACCCCAGAGACCUGAAAGUGUUUUCCUCCCUGGGAACUGUAAGUUAAGCAUAUUGCGAGUAUUUGCACAUGUUUGUGUGCUUGUGUUCUGAUGAUGCAGAUGAAGACGGAACACCUGUUAUUCAGAGUGACAGGUUGUAACAGUUCUUUUUAGCUCACUCACACGCACUGGACUGUCUCUGCAGCAAUUUUCCUACCUGCACGCCGUUUGACCUUCCUUAGUCAGCAAGCAGAGUGUGACUGCAGAGAGGAAAAGAGUGAGAAAGAAGGAGAGGUGGAGAGAGGGACCGUCUACAGAAAAAAACACACAGGAAGAGAGAGAGAGUGUUAAAGUGGAGUAGCAGCUGAGGGAGUUGUUGCAUUGUGAUUAGUGUGCCUGUGCAGUCUGCGCUAUCCUCGCAAUGUAAGACCUGUUUUCUGCUGCAAGGGGCUCUUCUGGCGGUACGGCGAGAGCUUGAGGAUUUGAUUUUUUUUUUCCCAGAAGACUUGAAUCCUUCAUCAGCUACAGCUCCUUCAACUAGCCUGGGUGCCACCCAGACGGGUUGAUUAGACACCAAGACUAAACUCAAGUGGCCUCAACUUUUUGAAAAGGCCUGGACUUUUUUUUUUUUUUUUUAUCUCUUUGUCAAAUGUAUUUUUGAAUUUUUAGAUGCACUUUCAAAUGUCAGCUCUUUGAAUCCUGUGGAACAAUGGAUAUGUCAGACAACCCCCAAGGGUGCCCAGCUCGUGCUCCCAGGGUGGGAGACUCUAGGAUGGGGGAGGCUAGAAUGGGAGAAGGGAUAAGAAUGGGGGAGAGAGACGCGCCGCUGAGGCUGUCACCUUUCCGUAUGCUUCGAGUGCUGGACUCAUGCCGUCCUCCAGGGAACCGUAUUGGCAUCGUCCAUGAAAAUGUGAAGAUGGGUUCAGAUGGGGAGAGCGACCAGGCAUCUGGGACGUCCUCUGAUGAGGUCCAGAGUCCAGUUAGGGUCCGCAUGAGGAACAACCACCAUCGGCGCAUCUCUAAUGAGGACAUAAACAAACGUCUGUCUCUCCCAGCUGAUAUCAGGCUACCGGAGGGCUACUUGGAGAAGUUUGCCAUGAACAGCCCGCCCUUUGACAAACCCAUGAGCCGUAGGCUUCGACGUGCAUCAUUGUCUGAAAUCGGCUUUGGAAAACUUGAGACCUACAUCAAACUGGACAAAUUAGGGGAGGGGACCUAUGCUACAGUGUUUAAGGGACGGAGCAAGUUAACAGACAACUUGGUAGCUCUGAAAGAGAUCCGACUGGAGCACGAGGAGGGCGCGCCCUGCACAGCUAUCCGAGAAGUGUCUCUGCUGAAAGACUUGAAGCACGCCAAUAUUGUCACUCUCCAUGACAUUAUCCACACUGACAAGUGCCUGACACUCGUGUUUGAGUACCUGGAAAAAGAUCUGAAGCAAUACAUGGAUGACUGUGGGAGCAUCAUGAGUGUUCACAAUGUCAAGAUCUUCUUGUUCCAGCUUUUAAGAGGUCUUGCGUACUGCCACAGAAGAAAGGUCCUACACAGAGACCUUAAACCCCAGAAUUUGCUCAUCAAUGAGAAAGGAGAGCUCAAACUGGCAGACUUUGGUUUGGCACGAGCUAAGUCUGUCCCUACGAAGACCUACUCAAAUGAAGUGGUAACAUUAUGGUACCGGCCUCCGGAUGUUCUGCUGGGCUCCACUGAGUACUCUACACCCAUUGACAUGUGGGGUGUGGGUUGCAUCUUUUACGAAAUGAUCACAGGCAGACCUCUCUUCCCUGGAUCAACUGUGGAGGAUGAGCUUCACCUCAUAUUCCGCAUCCUUGGUACUCCUACAGAAGAGACUUGGCCCGGUAUCACCACCAGUGAAGAAUUUAAGACGUACAAUUUCCCCCACUACCACGCAGAGCCCCUCGUCAACCACGCACCCAGGAUAGACAACGAUGGUCACGACUUGCUCUCAAUGCUCUUACAGUUUGAGGCCAAGAAGCGCGUAUCAGCUGAAGACGCCUUCCGACACGCGUAUUUCAGAAGUCUUGGGGAGCAGGUUCAAACACUGGCUGACACCGCAUCAAUCUUCUCUGUAAAAGGCAUUCAGCUUCAGAAAGAUCCAGGGAAGAGAUCCUCUGUCUACCCAGAGUCAACGGUGGCCCAUAGGCUAGGCUCUGCACCCUCGCAGUACUUCCAGAGAGAGGCAGCCAAUCCCAGGGUUCAGAGUCACAAUCUCUCCUCCACUUCCACUGGCUGAGUGGCCUCUACCGUUCUGGUAAAUACUGUCUCUUUCACUCUGUCUGCCUUCUGUUCGGGUAACCUUCUCUUUUUAUGUUUGGCUGCCACCUGACCUUUUUUUCUUCUCUGUCGCCACCUUGUCUUUGUUGCAAACAUAUUUUAUGUAUGACUCUCACACAUGCUGACCUGCACUAAAUGCCAGUGCGUUUCUCUUCACUCCUUGUAUUCCCAGAAAGAAAACAACAUAUCAUUCAUUACCUGUUUCGGCCUCUUGUUAUUUUUCAUCCCCAUUCUUUCUCCCACUAGCCUCCCUCACAUUUCGAGCCCCGUGCCCACGAGCAUCAUCUCAGCUUUCACCUACCUAAUCCUGUUUUUCUCAGAGCAAGCCACUCCCAGUGCUCAUUUCAGGAAUCAAAGAAGGCAAUGCUAUAUUCAUAAAAGCAAACAAUGUGAUGAGAGAACCGGGAGUCAUUUGAUUAUUUUCAUUUGCAGUCCUAUUUAGGUUUCUGCAGCGAGAGAUGUAGCCUUUUGUUGAGUCUGUAAGUGGGAGUUUUGUGUUGUGUGGACUUGAUUGAUUUUGUGUUAUAAAUGCUUUUUUUGCAUUAGCAUGGAGUGUUUGUUUUACAGCUGUGUGUUACAGUUUUUGGUAAGUAUGAUUUAGCUUCAGCAACAUGGGAUUACACACAGUAUUACAAAUUACUGUGAGCAGUAAUUAUUUUAUCAGUCAAAAUGAUGCCUGCACACUAUAUGGCCAAAAGUAUCCAUCCAUGAAUUUUUGUUUAUUUUUUUGUCUACAUGACAUUACUCUGGUUUUAAGAAGUAGUAAAUUGUUUGUUUUUUAGUUAUUUAUUCAGUAAAAUGUUCCACUUUGUGUGUUUCACAACAAUGAAUACAAAUCUGGUGGAAUUGAUUGAAUAAUAAUAAUAAUGGCUAUUUCCCUGUAUGCAUGAAUGAAAUUUCAACAAAAAAAUAAAUUUAACCAGCCAGUCCUUUAUGCCCAACAUCAGUAUCUGCUGUCACUGAAGCUCUUGAGACUGAAUGGAAGGUAAUCCUAGCAACCAGGUUCCAAAAUCUGGUGAAAAGCCUCUUUUUAGGAGAGUGGAAGGAGAUUAAUGGACGUGGUUUUGGAAUGACUCAUUUAAUACACCAAGCUACACCUCGCUAAAAAAAAGACAAACAAAAGACAUGUCGUCAGAUACAUUAGUCCAGCAAUUAAUUGUACCUUUAUGAAGCUUAUAAUGUUUAGUUCUAAACUGUUUUAUGAUCAACUUGAUGCUUGUAGUUCAUGUUCCGGAUCCUGUCUGGGCCAUAAUUAGAUAACAUUAACUGUUUGUAAUUCUAUGCAAAAAUGGAUCAGUGCAUCUUUAAAACAGUUUUAACAAAAUAUUAUGGCAUUCAUGGACAUUCUCUUCAAAGGAGUUGUUUUGUUUUAAACUGGAUGCACCAAAAAGACUAAUGUUUGUGUGUCAAGAGCUGCAACAAUGACUUCUUUAUUCCAUAAACACAAAAUGAAGCGAUCCCUAUUUUAAUAUUUUUUUUUCAAGAAAAAUGCAGGACAUUUGAUGGCUGUAGAUUCUCAAAAUAUGAAAUUGCUGUAUUUUCUUUACUUGCAGUUCAUCCAUUUAAUGAUUUAGGGUUCUUGAACAUGUGAAUAAUCACAUCCAGGCAUUUUUUUCUCUAAUGUUUCCUUAACCAAAUGAUAAAUUGGUUGUUUGAUGAAUUUAAACGCUGGUUAAUUAAUCAGUAGUGAAAGUUAUCAUUGUUGCAGCCUGAUGUGUGACCAGUGUUUUUGGCUCUGUGGUGUAGAUUUUGAGCUGUUGGCAUGGUGUGAAAUUUGCAGAUAUGUGGUGAUGUUUGCGUGUCCGAAUCAAAUCCAAACUAUUUUUUUUCCUCAUGUCUCUCUCUCCUUCCUCUGUCUGUCUCUCUCUGUGUCUCUCUCAGCCCAGGGGAAGAGCAGGAGGCAGAGUGUGUUGUUUUAGUGCUGGCGGGGGCGAUGAGAUGAGGAGGACAGUGACACGUGGAGCUGUCUUGUCAGACGUACAUUCACUGACCCUGCCACACACACACACUGAAGGAGUGACACACCCUGCCACAUAAAUACACACACAUACUGAAGAAAAAACACACACACACAAAUAGCAAAACGACAACUACACCACACACAACUAAGGCUGAAGAAUUCCUAUUUAAAAAUAACGACUCAGCUCAACCCUAAAGACUAAAAAGAAGUUUAAAAAAAAUGUGCGUGAUGCUGGAAGAAAAGUGGGAGAGUCUGCGAUUCUCCUUGCUGCUACUACCGCCGCUGCCCAGUGGAGGGCAGCGUUUAGGAUGUGAGCUGACUCGGAUUUCAAACAGAACUUGCUGUAUCAGUGGGCUGUGAGGAGGAAGUGGACACAAAUCUAAGGCAAAGAAAGAGACGUGGAACCCUGUCGCUCUCUUUUGUGUUUUUUUUCCCCCCCUUUUUGUUGAUGUACAUAAAGAGACUGAUGAGCUGUAGAACUCUGCUUUUUCAUGACACACCUAAGCCUGAAUCCAAACUCUAAAAAUUGCACCUCAACUCUAAACCCUUGCCUAUCCUCUUGACCCUUUACUACAUGAUCUCUACGAAACAAAACAACAGACACAAAAUCUCUCUUUCUCUCUUGCUCUUUCAUUCUGUCUACCUUUCUCUCUUAAACACACACAGACAGACUGAUGGUUCACUUGAAAGUUACGAGUGUGUGUAACAUUGGAGUUUACAAAGAUAAACUUUUGCACCUUAUUGUCCAGUAGAGGUCAGGGUGGCUGUCAUUACCUCAUCUGUCACUCGAGCAAAGUAGGAUGUCAAGUACACGAUAGAGAUAUCAGAGUGGCGAAGAAUCAAAAUGACAGACCAAAAGAAAAAAAGCAACAUCUCACUAACCAUGGAAAAUGGACAGACGUGUUGCGCACUUCACCGCUCUGGAAUUGAAAACACUCUGCAAUCCACAUACCAGUAGUAGACAUUAAUUACAUUUGUCACAUCCUCAUAUGCUGUAAAGAACACUACACUGCAAGCGGCUCCUGUUUCAGUACACAAGAAGGACAACAUUGAAGGAGAGAGAGGUAAAGGAAGUGUACAAAUCCUCACCUGCUUAUUCUUAGACACCCCCUUCCUCUUUUGCCUUGACUCAGAAGUUGUCUUGAUCCGUUGUCUGAUGUGCAGGUGUUGAUGUUGAACUGUUCUCUUUGCACCUGAUUUUACCUCUUUAGACAAUUAGUAGAUCAUUCAGCAGCCCCACGCUCUCCUCCCCUGAGUCCGUGUGCAUUUAUUUUUUACUCUUUUUUUUUUUCUAAAUCUGUAUAUAUGAUCAUAUAUUUUACUUGUCAGAAGCAAUGAUAAUUCCAGGAUGCUGUUCUCAGUCUUUACAGUAGGUGACUGGCUGGGGACGUGUUGCACAUUCCUUGAGCUCAGGACUUAUUGCUAGUGUCGUUAUGUGGAUGCCGCGAGGUACAGAUGUGUGUCUCCCCUGUGGAGCAUGUGGCCUGAAACCUUUUGCUGGUUUAAACUGUACGCGAAGGCGAAGAAAGAUUUCUCUGCAUCAACCUGUCAGUCUGCUGUGUCGUCCAUUCUCUGUUAAUUUGACCAUAACAUCGCUCUUAAGAUACUACCUUACCCGUGUCCUUUCUCGUCAUCUCUUUCAGCAUGUUUCCGUAUUAAACACAGAUGUUUUUAAUUGGUAUGUGAAAUAGCUGCUGCUGGGAAAAGGAAUACCUCCUUUGAAGUUUGCAUGGGACAUGACCUUAUCACAUGAUUUUUAUACACCAAACGCAUCAACAUCUAGAGACUGUACCUUAAAGAACAUGACAACACACUGGUCAGCAAUGGUGUGAUGUGCUCGCAGCACUGGGACCAGAUAGUUUGUAUGACAAAUCAGACUCAUCCUCUGGGUGUGUACUACAGUAGAAACUGUUCUGUAGCCUGUCUAACCAGGCUAUGAUGCAUCUCAAAGCACUCAGACACACUGUUGUUUCAUGCUGUUGAUAAUAACAGGCUGCCAGAAACAACAAGACCAAAGUCAGUCCUCCAAGCACCAGGUGUUCAAGCACACAACUGUUUCACACACUGAUCAGCUGACAUGUCAACAUGUACUGUAUCUAUGAGACGGCCUGUGAGCGUAGUUUGGAGUUUCCUGUACCUCAGGCACUGACCUCGGCUCAUUUCUGCAUCUUUCCCCCCAAAAUGGAUUCAGGAAAGGGAGAAGUGACCCCACGUCUGUGCCUGUCAGAAGGACUACUUAUUUCCCCAGAGUGUGACAGUAUGUAGCAUGUACAUAGAUGAUCCCUCACUCUGUGUAUAUAUAAAAGUGUACAGGUUUGAUACAGCUAUUCACAUUCUGGCUUUUUUUCUUUUUGCUUUUUUCUUUGAUGAAAGUCAUAGCAAUAUUUCUGUAAUCAAUAAAAAGCCAUGGUAAUAGGA